CAGAGUUCGCCUGUACCGGUGUUCGUGGACCAUUAAUUUAUUACGCUGAAGGGGUCGUACUUCCAACUAUCUGUAAUUUUUCAGUUACACUUCCAAUAUGCCUGGGUCUUUCUUCACCGACAAGAAUAAGCCGACAAAAUGUGCUGCUUGCACUGCUAAAAAAUGUCAGAGGAAACGAGCAAAUCGAAAACUGUGCGACAAUCCAGGAAAAUGCUCGUGCGUCUGCCAGGAUACCGGCGAAACCGUCGCAGCUUCCUGCAUAUCCGCUGCCUUGGGCAUAGGUGCAGUUGCAGCUGGAGUCGGAUUAACCGUAGUAACCGGUGGAGUGGCGGCGGUCCUAAUUGGUGGCGCCCUGGUAGGGGGCGGAGCAUCGUGCAUAACUAAUCCGAUUGCCAAGGCCAUGUCCGGCGAAAGGAUGCGCGGUGACGACCUGUUAAAGGAGGUAGCCGUUGGAGCAACCAUCGGUGUUGUGUCAGGUGGUCUUAGCACGGGUGCCUCACUUGCUGCCAAGGGAGCAAGUACGGCUGUGAAAGCCGUGGCUCAGAUUGGCGCUGCGACAACAUCAGGUGCCGUGGGCGGAGCGGUCGGGGAGGUGGCUCGCGCCAUUGAUGGCGAAGAAGUGACUGCAAAGUCCGUCGGUAAAUCUGUGCUUAUUGGCACCUCAUUGGGCAUGGUGGGAGGAGCCGGCGCACAGUUAGCCGGUGUCGCAGCGCAGAACAUUUCCAACGGAGUUGCCAAGACAGCUGUGAAAAUCGGGGCACAAACUGCCACAGCCACCAUGGCUGAUGCCGGUCUGCAGAUGGCGGAAACAGGAGAAAUUGAUCGCAAAAGACUGCUGACAACGGCGGCCACAGCGGCCACAAUUUCGGUUACGGCAGAGACUGCGAAAAGUGUCUCUAUGAAAACCGACGCAUUUGCUACGCGGCGAAACGACGACCUUUUAAGCGGGAAGACUGUGGAGGGAGAACAGUUAACACCGGAUGAAAAAAAGAAAAUCGGGCAGAUGAUAAAAACCGCCCAGAAUGAUUUACCACCGGACAUCUUAGCAAAAGAGCAGGCGCGUCUGCAGGACGAUCGAAGUGCCAUACGUUAUUCUAAAGAACAUAAGUAUGGAAGCACCAAUGCUCACGCGCUGGAUCGCCAGCAUACCGGGCAGAUAGCCCUGGAAGUGGACGCCAAAACGCGGGUUAUCUGUGACGUUAAGGAGGGCAGAUAUGUGGUUUCGGAUGUUACCAAGGAGCAUAAUUAUAGAGGUGCUCGUUCAGCUGGCCAGCGACAAUACACAAAUCCCAAAGUUCCGGCAUCAAAUAAUAUUGCCACCAUGGGAAUCAAAUCGGGUAAAGAUGACGACGACGAGGAUAAAAACAAAAAAGACUAAUCCUUUGCAUUUGAGCAAAAACCUUUGCAUUUGCAAAUUUUGACUACUUUAUCUGUCGGUUUUGGUUAUUCGAAUGUACGGAUUUCUCGAUGACUGGCUAGUAACAAAUGACGACACAUAUUUUAAACAUCUUGAUAAGCAAAUUAAACCUACGUCGUUAGGUUACAGCAAAGGAAAUAAAAAAAU